CAGCAGGCCGGCCCGGCCCCCUCUCCCCGGCUCGAGCCUGCUGUCAGAGGGCCCCGAUCGGCCCCGGGCCCCCAGGAGGAUGAGCUGGCUCUUCCCCCUCGGCAAGAGCGCCGCCUCCUCCGCAGCCGGGGCCCCCGCCGGCCUCACCAGCCUCCAGCAGCAGAAGCAGCGCCUCAUCGAGUCCCUGCGGAGCGCCCACGCCAGUAUAGCUGAAAUACAGAAAGAUGUGGAAUACAGGUUGCCAUUCACUGUAAACAACCUAACAAUUAACAUUAAUAUAUUACUUCCUCCACAAUUUCCUCAGGAAAAACCAGUGAUCAGUGUUUAUCCACCAAUAAGACAUCACUUAAUGGAUAAACAAGGCGUAUAUGUUACCUCUCCAUUAGUAAAUAACUUCACCAUGCACUCAGAUCUUGGAAAAAUUAUUCAGAGUCUGUUAGAUGAGUUUUGGAAGACCCCCCCAGUUUUAGCUCCUUCGUCAACAUCAUUUCCGUACCUAUAUAGUAACCCAGGUGGAAUGUCUCCAUAUGCUUCUCAGGGUUUUCCAUUUCUUCCUUCAUACCCACCACAAGAAGCUAACAGAACUAUCACUUCUUUACCUGUAGCUGACACGGUUUCUUCAACAAGUUAUUCAGCAGCUAAACCAGCUGCUCCUUCAUUUGGUGUUCUUUCAAAUCUACCGUUACCUGUUCCUACAACAGACUCUUCACUGAUAAGUCAAAAUGGUUUUGGUUACAAGAUGCCAGAUGUUCCUGAUGCAUUUCCAGAACUCUCAGAACUAAGUGUGUCACAACUUACAGAUAUGAAUGAACAAGAGGAAGUAUUACUAGAACAGUUUCUGACUUUGCCUCAACUAAAACAAAUUAUUACUGACAAGGAUGAUUUAGUAAAAAAUAUUGAGGAACUAGCAAGAAAAAAUCUCCUUUUGGAGCCCAGCUUGGAAGCCAAAAGACAAAUUGUUUUAGAAAAAUAUGAAUUACUUACACAAAUGAAAUCUACUUUUGAAAAGAAGAUGCAAAGACAGCAUGAACUUAGUGAGAGUUGUAGUGCAAGUGCCCUACAGGCAAGAUUAAAAGUAGCUGCACAUGAAGCUGAAGAAGAAUCUGAUAAUAUUGCUGAAGAUUUCUUGGAAGGAAAAACUGAAAUUGACGAUUUCCUCAGUAGCUUCAUGGAAAAGAGAACAAUUUGCCACUGUAGAAGAGCCAAGGAGGAGAAACUUCAACAGGUGAUAGCAAGGCACAGCCAGUUUCAUGCUCCACUUUAGGUAAAUUAUAUUCCAGAAUGUUGACUUGUAUGAUAAUCUUCAUUGAAGUGUUCUGAUCAGUCAACUGCAAGCAUAAUAUAGUCAUACCAUAUUUUCAGAAUAGCAGAGAAAGCUUUGUAUUAUACACUAAGCAUAGUAUAUGUAGUAUAUCAGAAUACAACCAGUAAUCUUUUAGAUAUUUUUUAAGGAUGAUGUUGGU